AUGGAGAUAGAGAAUAAGGCAGAUACAGUUGACAAAGGUGUGUUGAAACAACGCACCGACUACACUACCGCCAGACUGACUUUUGAUAUAGACCUGAACAUCCUCAUCCCAACGAGAGAGGACUGGGAAGAUUACCCAGGAACAGUAAGUAACUCGAUCUUCACGGACGGGUCCGUAAAAGACGAUCGGACGGGAGCUGAAGUAUACUCUGAAGUUCUGGGAAUAAGGGAAUCCUUGAGGCUUAGAAAUGGCUGCAACAUACUGCAGGCCGAGUUGCGGGUAAUAGAACGAGCCGCGCAGCUAAUCCGAUGCAGAGAUGAAACGGCGCGUGACAUCACAAUCUACACAGAUAGCCAAGCGGCUCUGAGAUCACUAUCGUCUACGGCAGAGAGAUCUAGGUCAGUGGUGAGCUGUUGCGAAGCCCUGUCAUGGAUUCGUGACCGAAAGGUUGGGCUCUGCUGGAUACCUGGACACAGCAAUGUAGAAGGGAAUCAAAUGGCAGGCAAACUAGCCAAAUUGGGAACGACCAGGAGCGGGGACGAAGCGAUAGGCUUGCCACUACCACCGAUCAAAUUGCUGAGAGACAUGAUAGAUAGAACAUUAGAGGAAGAGCACGGCAAGAGAUGGAGUAAUAGAGAUGACUGUGUCAUCUCACGCUCCUUGUGGCCGGUGCUACAGAAGAGAAAGACAACAGAACUGCUAGGCUAUGGGAAAGCCUCGAUCCGAAGGGUCGUAGCAGUGAUUACCGGUCACUGCACAGUAGGCUCUAGACUCGGGAAAAUGGGUAUCAGAACCGUCGAUCUCUGUGCAGAAUGCAGUGAAAGGGAAGAGACAAACGUCGAAACAUUGGAAUGUCUGGAAGAAGCAGCGGAGCUGGGUGUUGAGGACCUGAAUCACUUCAUUACAAACUGA